AUGAUUAACAUAUAGCCAAGGACAAGACAAGAAAGAGUACUUAAAUUAAACUGAUAAUUAGGAAGCGUUGCGAGACAAGGAUAGAAUAGAGAAGAGUAGGAUCGAUUUGAGAGGUAAUUUAAACAUACAAUAGUAAAACAGUUGGAUUUGAGGCGAGAGGAUUGGGGGUUGGAACAUUGAUUCAUCAGGCACCUCCUUAAUCUACCUUAUAUGUUCCAGGUAUGGAUAGAGUAAUUUUAGAAAAUGAGCGAUUUGACAAAGACUUUGCAGUAGCAGAUAAAAAGCAAAGAGAGCACGAGGUUUGGCAGAGAGAAAAGAUCAUAGAAAGAAAGAGAUGGGAGGGGUUGGAUAGAGAAACGAGAAAGUGGGAUUACUAAGAGAAGGUGGAGACAAAAGAUUAAGUAAAACUAAUGAGUCACACUCAAUAAUUAACUCAAGGGAAAAGAAAUUCAAAUGGGUAAAUGAGGAAUUUAUUGUUUUGUUCAGGCUGGCUUAUAAUCCAAUUACUUUAAAAUAUGAUAACAGUGAAUAGGGCAAUUUAUUGAGACAAUAUGAUGACAAGGCAAAAGUGAGGUAAUUUGUGAGGGCACAUAAUUUGGAUGCAAGAGGAAAUACUGGGUUUAAUAUUUUGACUGGAGAAUAAAGGGGAGGCGUCGAUCAAAUAGUGCCCAAUCAUUUGCGAUCUAAUUAUCAAUAGAGACUAAGAGAUGUAGAUGAACAAUAGAAUAUUAAACACUAUGCUAUUUAAUAAUAGUUAUUGAAUUAAUAUGAAUGAUUAUGAC